AUGGCACUUGCUCCCCGGUCGUCUCUGCGCUCCCUGGUGCUGCUCAUGUCGCACGGGAAGCCACGGCUGAGCUCUUUCUUCUCCUCGUCCUCCGCGGCCGGCACAGGCGUUCCGCCGGCCACCCCAGGAGCCGAUGCUCCGGCCGUCCAGCCCCCAGUUACUCCAUUGUGCUUUGCAGCUCCUUCAGGCCCCAAGCUCCCUGUCGAGGAAGAGUUUGUUCUUCACCCAAUUCCUGGGGUUCUACGUCCACGUCCGUGUCCGCACCCACCUGGAGCCGUUGAAGAUGUAACCGACAAGGCUUGUCUGAACGCCCCUGAAGAUCCUAGCAGUGCACCUGAUCAGGGUUCAUCUAGCACACCUGAACCUGUAUCUGACAAGCCUCCCUGGGAUAUCUCUGAAGAUCCUGGACACCCGGUUCUUGAUCCACCACCUCCACGUCCACCUCGCAGGGGGCGUCGCGCUGUGACCGACGAGCCUGCGCGUUGCGCCCAGGAGCAUCCCAAGUACCCAGUUCCCGACUGUUCAAGUGACAAGGUCUUCUCCUACUGCUCCUCCGCCGUUCCGCCGCCGGCUCCAGGAACUUGCACCCCGGCUGCCCCCGACGUUCAGCCUCCAGUCACCCCAGCUCUGCCAGAUCGUUCAGGCCACAAGCUCCCCGAUCACGAAGAGUUAGUUGUUCACCCACUUCCUGAUCCAUCAGGUAACAGGCUUAGCCCUGUAAUCGAAGAGCCUGCCCGGUGCACCCUGGACAACCCCAAAUACCCAACUCCCGGCAGUUCAAGCCACAAGCUCCCUGCUCACGAAGAGCUCGUUAUACACCCACUUCCUGGGGGUCCACGUCCGCGUCCACGUCCACGUCCACGUGGAGCCGUUAAAGAUGUAACCGACAAGGCUUGUCUAAACGCCCCCGAAGAUCCUACAUACCCAACUCCUGAUCAUGGUUCAUCUAGCCCGUCUGUGGACUUGUUGGAAGACCCUCUACAUCCGGUGCGUGAUCCACCAGGUAGGCCGUAA